AUGUGGCCCCUGCUGAGCGUGCUCUUGUGGGGCGGCGUGUGGGGCUGGGCGCCUUUCCAGUCCAUCGGCCUCUACCGCCCCCUCAACUUCAGCUCUUUAGCGGCGCUAGCGGCUUCUUCUUCGUCGUCUUCUUCUUUGGCCGCCGCCGGGGCGGCGCUGCAGCUGCUGCCUGCCGGCGCGCCGCCGGAGAGCAAAGUGGAGAAGUUGGGCCGGGCUUUCAAGCGGCAGGUGAGGCAGCUGCGGGAGAAGAGCGGGCGGCUGGAGCUGGUCUUCCUGGUGGACGAGUCGUCGAGCGUGGGCCAGGCGAACUUCCUCAGCGAGUUGCGCUUCGUCAAGAAGCUCCUCUCCGACUUCCCGGUGGUGCCCACCGCCACGCGCGUCGCCAUCGUCACCUUCUCCUCCAAGAACAACGUGGUGCCGCGCGUGGACUACAUUUCGCCCCCGGCUCGGCCGCAGCAGCACAAGUGCGCCUUGCUCAGCCGCGAGAUCCCGGCCAUCGGCUACCGGGGGGGCGGCACCUACACCAAGGGCGCCUUCCAGCAGGCGGCGCAAAUACUGCUUCACUCCCGUACUAAUGCUACCAAGGUGAUAUUCCUCAUUACGGAUGGUUAUUCCAAUGGAGGGGAUCCCAGGCCUAUUGCAGCAUCAUUGCGUGAAUUUGGAGUGGAGAUCUUCACAUUUGGGAUAUGGCAAGGCAACAUUCGAGAACUGAAUGAUAUGGCUUCUCAUCCAAAGGAGGAACACUGCUACCUCCUUCACAGUUUUGCAGAAUUUGAAGCUUUGGCUCGCAGAGCCCUUCACGAAGAUCUGCCCUCUGGUAGUUACAUUCAAGAAGAUAUUUCCUAUUGUUCUUACCUUUGUGAUGGGAACGAAAACUGCUGUGAUAUUAUGGCAAGCUGCAAAUGUGGUACUCACACAGGGCAGUUCGAGUGCAUCUGUGAAAAAGGAUACUAUGGCAAAGGGCUACAGCAUGAAUGUACAGCCUGUCCAUCAGGUACCUAUAAGACUGAAGCUUCACCAGGUGGAAUAAGUACUUGUAUCUCAUGCCCUGAUGAGAAUCAUACCUCCCCACCAGGAAGUACUACCACCGAGGACUGUGUAUGCAAGGAAGGGUAUCGCUUUAAUGGCCAAAUUUGUGAAGUGGUCCACUGUCCUGAGCUGCGCCCACCUGAAAAUGGCCAUUUUGUCAAGAAUGUCUGCAACAAUUACUUCAAUGCUGCCUGUGGAAUCCGAUGUAAAGCAGGAUAUGACCUUGUGGGAAGCAGCAUACGACUUUGCCAGCCAAAUGGCCUGUGGUCUGGUUCAGAAGCCACAUGCAGGGUUCGCACAUGUCCAAAACUCCACACCCCUCAAAACGGGCACAUUAAUUGCUCAAUAAGUGAGACCUCAUAUAAGACUGUGUGUUUUGUGACCUGUGAUGAAGGCUAUGAACUGGAAGGAAACGCCAAACUCGUCUGCCAAGGCAGCUCUCAGUGGGAUGGAAAGGAACCAAAGUGUGUAGAAUUGCAGUGCCCUGCAUUCCAGAAACCAAAAGAUGUGAUUGUUCACCCAGAUGUUUGUGGGCUUGGGCCUUCCAAAUAUGGAACUAUGUGUAGGUUCAGUUGUCCCCAAGGAUUCAUUUUAGCUGGAGUCAGAGAAGAACUGAGAUGUUUAAGCAACAAGUGGAGUGAAGAUGUGCAGAAGGCUUUCUGUAAAGACAUUGAAGCACCAAAGAUUAAUUGCCCUGAUGACACUGAAACUGCUACUCUUGAACACCAGAAUUCUGCAAAUAUUAGCUGGGAGGUUCCAUCUGCAAUUGACAAUUCUGAAGAGGAGGUAUCAAUUCAGGUUACUCCAGCAUUUACACCACCUUACCUUUUCCCAAUUGGAGAAGUCAGCAUCACGUAUACAGCAACAGACAAAUCUGGAAACCAGGCAAGCUGUACUUUCAGCAUCAGAGUCAUUGACCUGGAACCCCCAGUAAUUGAUAAAUGCAGAUCUCCGCCUCCAAUUCAGGUAGCUGAGAAGGAGUACAGAGUUACAUGGGAUGAGCCACAGUUUUCUGAUAAUUCAGGAGUUGUCUUUAUGAUAACUAAAAGUCACUCACCUGGAGACCUCUUUCCCAAAGGAGAGACGGUGGUUCAGUAUACUGCCACAGAUUCCUCAGGCAAUAAUAGAACAUGUGAGAUCCACGUAGUCAUCAGAGGUUCCCCUUGUGAAAUUCCCUUUACCCCAGUGAAUGGUGAUUUUAUAUGCAGAGAAGACGAGAGAGGUGUUAACUGCACAUUGCGUUGCAUGGAUGGUUAUGACUUCACUGCAGGGUCAGAGGAAAACUAUUAUUGUGCCUAUACGGAUGGCCUUUGGAUUCCGCCAUAUUCAACUGAGUGGCCUGACUGUUCUUUGAAUCGUUUUGCAAAUCAUGGUUUCAAAUCCUUUGAGAUGCUGUACAAAGCAACACGGUGUGAUGACAACAACCUUCUUAAUAAUUUUGUGGAUGCAUUUCAGAGUGCGCUUGGUAAAAUGGUUCCAACAUUUUGCAAUGAUGUUGAUGACAUUGACUGCAGGCUGGAGGAUUUGCCAAAGAAACACUGCCUGGAAUAUAAUUAUGACUAUGAAAAUGGCUUUGCUAUUGGUGCUGGUGGCUGGGGAGCUGCAAAUCGGCUGGAUUAUUCUUAUGAUGAUUUCCUCGAAGCAAUGCCUGAAGAACAACUGCCAAAACCAUCAUCUGGUUCUGCAGACGUUGUGAACUCUCGGGUCAAAAGGCACAAAAAAAUAAUCCUGCCCAUGUCCGACCACAAAAUAAAAUUAAUUUUUAAUAUUACAGCUAGUGUACCAUUGCCUGAUGAAAGAAAUGAUACACUGGAAUUGGAGAACCAGCAACGCCUUCUAAAAACGCUAGAGACUAUUACAAACAGGCUGAAAAGGACUCUCAAUAAGGAUCCAAUGUAUUCUUUUCAGUUUUCUUCUGAACUGCUUGUAGCUGACACCAACUCACUGGAAGCUGAAAAGGCCUUCCUGUUUUGCAGGCCAGGCUCUGUACUAAGAGGCCGAAUGUGUGUGAAUUGCCCUUUGGGUACUUAUUACUCUCUGGAACAUCAUGCCUGUGGAAGUUGUUGGAUUGGAUCUUACCAGGAUGAGGAAGGGCAGCUAGAAUGUAAAAAUUGUCCAUCUGGUAGCUACACUGAAUUCCUGCAUUCGAGGAGUGUUUCAGAAUGUAAAGCUCAGUGCAAGCCGGGAACCUAUUCUCCAAAUGGCCUUGAGAUCUGUGAAUCAUGUCCUCUUGGCAAAUAUCAGCCUACAACUGGAUCUAAGCAGUGCAUCUCUUGCCCAGAAAACAUGUCAACUGUCAAAAGGGGGGCUGUGGACAUAUCAGCAUGUGGAGUACCUUGUCCUGCAGGAGAAUUCUCUCGCUCUGGUUUAAUGCCCUGUCACCCCUGUCCCAGCGAUUAUUAUCAACCCGAUCCAGGAAAGUCCUAUUGCUUGUCUUGUCCAUUUUAUGGGACUACAACAGUGAUUGGUGCAAACUCUAUAGCAGACUGCUCAAGUUUUGGUUCAACUUUCUCUGCGGCGGAGGAGAGUGUAGAGGUGCCAGUCUCCCCAGAAAAUAUCAGCAAAAAAUAUCAAGUCAGCAGUCAGGUGUUUCACGAGUGUUUCCUGGAACCAUGUCACAAUGGUGGCACUUGCAAACAAGUUGGAAGUGGGUACAUUUGCAUAUGCCCGCCUGGAUAUACAGGCUUAAAAUGUGAAGUGGAAAUUGAUGAGUGCAAAUCUUCCCCCUGUCACAACAAAGGGACUUGCAAGGAUGGCAUUGCAGCCUUCACUUGCCAGUGCCAGGCAGGCUACACAGGUUUACUUUGUGAAGAAGAUACAAAUGAAUGUGCUUCAAACCCUUGUCUCAAUGAAGCCGUCUGUGUUGAUGGUACGAAUGCUUACCAGUGCACCUGUGCAGAAGGAUUCACAGGUAUUCACUGUGAAACAGAGAUAAAUGAAUGUCUUUCAAACCCCUGUUUAAACAAAGCCACCUGUGAAGAUCAGAUUGGAGGUUUCCGUUGUAAAUGCCCUUCUGGUUUUAUCGGUGUUCUGUGUGAAAAAAACAUUAAUGAAUGUCUCAGUAGGCCUUGUAAAAAUGGAGCUGCUUGCAAAGAUGGUAUCAAUGGCUACAGGUGUCAGUGUGUCACAGGAUAUACAGGGCCACAAUGUGAAGUGAACAUCAAUGAGUGUGAAUCUAACCCGUGUGCAAACCAAGCAACAUGUGUGGAUGCCUUGAACUCAUUCAUUUGUAAAUGUCUUCCUGGCUUUACAGGCAGCAGGUGUGAAACAGAACAGUCUUUGGGAUUCAAUCUGGAUUUUGAAGUUUCUGGAAUCUAUGGCUAUGUCAUGCUGGAUGGUGUUCUCCCCCCUCUCCGUGAGAUCACCUGUGCCUUCUGGAUGAAAUCCACUGAUACUACCAAUUAUGGGACUCCAAUUUCUUAUGCAGUGGAAAGUGGAAGUGACAAUGCAUUUCUACUUACAGAUUACAACGGGUGGGUUCUUUAUGUGAAUGGGAAGGAGAGUAUUACAGAUUGCCCUUCUGUCAAUGAUGGCAAUUGGCAUCACAUUGCUGUCACCUGGACCAGCACUGAUGGAGCCUGGAAAGUGUAUAUUGAUGGGAAGCUAUCUGACGGAGGCCGUGGUUUAUCUGUUGGAACAGAAAUCCCUGGUGGAGGGGCUUUAGUGCUUGGACAGGAACAAGACCAAAGAGGAGAAGGGUUCAAUCCUGCUGAGUCUUUUGUUGGCUCAAUCAGCCAGCUUAAUAUUUGGAAUUACGUUCUGACUCUACAACAGGUGAAAUCACUAGCUGUUGCUUGUCCAGAAGAAUUGCGAAAAGGCAAUGUAUUAGCCUGGCCUGAUUUCCUUCCUGGGGUUGUUGGAAGAGUGAAGAUAGAUCCCAAGAGCAUGUUUUGUGCUGAUUGCCAACCCUUAGAAGGUUUCAUUCCUCACCUGAGGACUUCAUCAAGUGAAUUAAAGCCAGGAUCGAAAGUCUCCCUCUUUUGUGACUCUGGUUUCUACAUAGUGGGGAAUUCUGUCCAGCAUUGUCUAAAUUUAGGACAGUGGACACAACCUCUUCCGCGGUGUGAAAGAAUAAGUUGUGGAGUGCCUCCACCUUUAGAAAAUGGCUUUUAUUCUGCUGAGGACUUCUUUGCUGGAAGCACUGUUACUUACCACUGCAAUAGCGGGUAUUACUUGUUGGGAGACUCCAGGAUGCUUUGUACAGACAAUGGCAGCUGGAAUGGUGGUUCUCUGUCUUGCCUUGAUGUUGAUGAAUGUGCAGUUGGUUCUGACUGUGACAAACAUGCUUCCUGCCUUAACACAAAUGGAUCCUACCUAUGUACUUGUGUCCACCCUUAUAUAGGAGAUGGCAAGAAAUGUGCAGAACCAGUGAAAUGCAAACUUCUAGAAGAUCCUGAAAAUGGCCGUUCACAAGGUGACAUCUACCAAGUUGGUAGUGAAGUCAAUUUCUCGUGUGAUGAGGGCUACCAGCUGCAAGGACUGAACAAAGUUACCUGCUUGGAAUCGGGGGAAUGGAGUCACCAGAUCCCAUACUGCAAAGCUGUUUCCUGUGGUAUCCCAGUUAUUCCAAAAAAUGGUGCUAUUGAUGGCUCAAAUUUUACAUAUGGUAGCAAAGUAACUUACAGGUGUGAUAAAGGAUACAGUUUGGCAGGUGAAGAAGAAACAGUUUGUCUUGCAAACGGUGCAUGGAAUAAUUCUUCUCCAAUCUGUGAAUUAGUAAAAUGCCCUCUCCCACAGGAAAUAAACAAUGGAAAAUAUGUGAUGAGUGGUCUGACAUUCCUUUCUAAUGUAUCAUACACAUGUGACACUGGUUACAGCCUGCAAGGAGCUUCCAUACUUAUAUGUGAAGAUUCAGCUAACUGGAGCAGUUUACCUCCAGAAUGUGAAAUCAUUUCAUGUGAUCUCCCUCCUGUAAUUAAAGAUGCAACUGUUAGUGGAAGCAACUUCACUUUCGGAAACAACAUCACUUAUACGUGUAAGGAAGGCUAUAUACUAAUUGGCCCUGAAACUGUUGAGUGCUUGUCAACUGGGAAAUGGAACAUGAAUCACCAACAAUGUGUAGCUGUUUCCUGUGAUGAGCCACCUGCUGUGGACCAUGCUUCCCCAGAGAGUGGCCAUCGACUCUUUGGGGAUGUCGCUUACUACUAUUGCUCUGAUGGUUACAGCUUAGCCGGCAAUUCUCAGUUACUUUGCAAUGCCCAAGGGAAGUGGGUGCCCCCUGCUGAAAAAGACAUUCCAGAAUGUAUAGCUGACUUUUGUGAGAGACCAGUGUCUGUGUCCUACAGCAUCUUGGAAUCCUCUAACAAGGCCAAAUAUGCAGCUGGGUCAGUCGUGAGCUUCAAAUGCACGGAAGGCUUUGUAUUAAACACUUCUGCUAAGAUAGAGUGUGUUCGGGGCGGCCAGUGGAACCCUUCUCCACUGUCUAUCCAGUGCAUUCCUGUUCGCUGUGGAGAUCCACCAGCUAUUAAAAAUGGCUAUGCGAGUGGCUCAAAUUACAGUUUUGGGGCAAUCAUGGCUUACAGCUGCCACACAGGAUACUAUAUCAAAGGACAGAAGAAGAGGACUUGUGAAGCAACAGGAACCUGGAGUGGUUCUUUGCCUACAUGUCAUCCAGUGUCCUGUGGAGAGCCACCCAAGCUUGCAAAUGGGUUUGCUGAGGACACAACAAGACGUGUCUUUGGGAGUGAAGUGCACUAUCAGUGCAAUGCUGGCUACCAGCUAAUUGGAAGUCCCACCUAUGUUUGUCAACCCAACCGUCACUGGCACAGCGAAACACCUCCUUCCUGCAUGCUCCUCAGUUGUGGGAAACCACCUCCACUCCACCAUGGAUUCAGCAAGGGUGAAAGUUUUGAGGUGGGAGCCAGGGUCGAUUUCUUCUGUGAUGAAGGCUAUGAGCUGAAAGGGGAUGCUUCUUGGGUCUGUCAAAAGUCUGGAAGCUGGAACAAAACCCAGAACCCAAAGUGUAUCCAAACUACAUGUUCAGAACCACCACUGGUCGAGAAUCAGCUUGUUCUGAAGGAGUCAAUUGAUCAAGUCCGGGUUGUGGAGUUUUCAUGCAAAGAGGGCUACGUUUUGCAUGGUGCUUCUGUACUGAAAUGUUUGCCUUCUCAACAAUGGAAUGAUUCUUUCCCAGUCUGCAAAAUGGUGCUGUGCCCUAGGCCUCCUUAUAUUCCAUUCGGAGAUGCCAUGGUGUCUUCUCUUCACUUUGGCAGCAUGGUGAGUUACACAUGUAUGGAUGGGUUUUUGCUCAAGGCAGUUUCUACCAUCAGCUGCCAAGCAGAUGGCACAUGGACCUCUCCUCUGCCAGAAUGCAUCCCAGUAGAGUGCCCACAGCCAGAGGAAAUUCAGAACGGCAUUGUAGAUGUUCAGGGUCUUACCUACCUCAGUACUGCACUAUAUAACUGUAAGCCAGGCUUUGAGCUUGUGGGAAAUAUGACCAUUCUUUGUGGAGAAGAUGGCCAUUGGCUUGGAGGAAAACCAACUUGUGUACCCAUUGAGUGCUCCAAGCCUAUGGAGAUUCAGAACGGACGCUAUUUGUAUGGAGACCUGCACUACAAGCAGACAGUUACUUACUUGUGUGACCGAGGAUUCCAACUUGAAGGACCAAAUGUCCUUAGUUGCCUGGAGACGGGGGAAUGGGAUGCAGAAGCUCCAUCCUGUAGAGCAAUCAGCUGUGAACCUCCACAGCCUAUCGAUAAUGGGUUCGUAGAAGGUGCCGAUUACAGCUAUGGUGCCAUGGUGAUGUACAGCUGUAUUCCAGGAUUCCAGCUGUUUGGUCUUGCCAUGCAGACCUGUGAAGAAUCAGGGUGGUCCAGCGUUAGCCCGGUAUGCCUGCCAACAGACUGUGGCCUUCCCCCUCAUAUAGACUUUGGGGGAUAUGAAACAAUUAGUAGUGGAGAGAAACUUUUUAGCCAGGAAGGGAUACCAGAAGGAAGCUUUCAUACUCCCAAUCCACCUCUUUUCCCUCAAUUACUUGAUAAUAAGAAAGACAUCCAAAGCUCCUUGAAGACUGUUAAUGCUUUGCCAUUGUCAGGCUAUUUGUAUGGGACCAUAGUGCUGUACAGUUGCUAUUCUGGCUAUGAACUCUCAGGAAAUCCCACACUUACUUGCCAAGAGAAUGGGACUUGGAAUGGCACUGCUCCUAACUGCAUUUCUAUCCAGUGUGAACUGCUCUUGGCACCAGAAAAUGGCUUUGUUCAUUUUAUAGACAACACCCUUGGUAGUACAGCACAGUAUACCUGUAAAUCAGGGUACAGGCUGAUUGGCUCCAACAUGAGGCAUUGUAUGUCCAGCAGGCGGUGGAGUGAUUCAACACCGACCUGCAAGGUAAUAUCAUGUACUGUGCCCAUCAGGCCCACAAAUGGUACAGUAAAGGGUGAUGCCUACUCUUAUGGGAGCACAGUCCACUAUGAGUGUGAUCUUGGCUUUCAGUUGAAUGGUCCAGGAAAGCGAACAUGCCAGGCUAAUCAACAGUGGGAUGGGCACGAGCCAGUCUGCAUCCCCGUUUCCUGCAGCCAACCUCCUGGAGUGGAGAAUGGCCACGUGAAUGGAGAAGAAUAUACAUUCCAGAAAUCUGUUGAAUACAGCUGCAAUGAAGGUUUCUUUCUAGAAGGGGAUAGAAAAAGAGUUUGCCUUGCUGAUAGGAGCUGGAGUGGUGGCACUCCGGCGUGUGUGGCUGUUCAAUGUGAUGUGCCGUUACCACUUCAUCAUGGGCAGUUCAGUGGAUCAGAAUUUGGCUUUGGGAAGGAAAUUGAGUAUCACUGCAAUGAAGGGUAUAUAUUGCAUGGUGCAUCCUUACAUACCUGUCAAGCUGAUGGCACCUGGGAUGGGGAAACUCCGUUCUGUGAGCCUAUCAACUGUGGCCCUCCUGAUGACAUCUCUCAUGGUUUUCUGAAUGGUUCCGUUUUCAGUUUCAGGGAAUACAUACACUAUGCUUGCUUUCCUGGUUAUGAGUUGCAGGGAAAUCCAGUGAGGCAGUGCUUAUCUAAUGGGUCGUGGAGCGGAGUCCCUGCCUCUUGCCAGCUUUGUGAAUGCCCAGCUCCGGCAAUACAGAAUGGUGUAGUUAAAGGUAAAGAUUUCAGCUGCGGGAGAAAGGUACAGUUUCAGUGCCUGGAUGGCUUUAAACUGCUAGGGCCUUCAGAAAUCACUUGUGAAGCUGCUGGCAAAUGGAGCUCUGGCAUCCCACACUGUGAGCAGAUUUCAUGCGGCCCUCCACCGACCAUCCCCAAUGCAUUUAUCAAUGGAAGCAGCUCCAUGGAUCAGAAUACUAUCAUUUAUAACUGCAAAAUGGGUUUUGUGAUGCGAGGGAGUUUGAAAUUGACUUGUACAGAAAAUGGUGUCUGGAGUAAGCCCUAUCCAAGCUGCACGUUACUGACCUGUGGACCUCCACCUUCUGUGCCUCAUGCCGUUGCCCUUGGAGAGUCACAGGAGUACGGGAGUAAAGUCCAGUAUAGGUGUCUGGAGGGCUACGUGAUGGAGACAGAAAUGGAUACAUGCACCUGUCAGGAAGAUGGACAUUGGUCCCCUAAUAGUAUUUCCUGUUGCCCCAGAAAAUGCCCUCUGCCUACAGAUAUAACAAAUAUAAUUAUAUCUGGCACUGAAUUCACAGUGAAUAAGAGCAUUGUUUUAUCCUGUCGAGAAGGUUAUCUUUUGACUGGAACAGGGAUCUCCACUUGUCAGAAUGACGGUAGCUGGAUUCCAUUACUGUCAAGUGAUAUCUGUGCACUUGUGUCCUGCGGAAAGCCUGAUGCUCCAGAACAUGGAAUAGUGAUUGGCAACCAGUAUAACUACAAAGAUACAGUACUUUAUCAGUGCAGUUCUGGUUAUGAACUGGAGGGUGCUGCAGAACGUACUUGUGAAGCAGAUAAGCGAUGGAGUGGAACACCACCAGUGUGCAGAAAGAUAUCCUGUGGACUCCCAGAAGCAAUAGAUGAUGGAACCAUUAUUGGCAAUGAUUUCUUGUUUGGUGAUGAAGUUCUCUAUGCAUGCAAUGAGGGAUUUGAGUUGCAGGGUCCUAGUCAAAGGAUCUGCCAUGCCAACAAGAAGUGGAUUCCUUCAGCCCCGACGUGUGUGAGCAUAAGUUGCGAUCCACCUCCAGUGGUAGAAAAUGCAUUGUCUAUAACCACAGGAAAUACAUACAGAAGUAAUAUAUCCUACGUAUGUAAUUUUGGAUAUCACCUGAUUGGACCUGAGAAUAUCACAUGUUUAGCUAAUGGAUCCUGGAGUAAACCACUUCCCUCCUGUGAAGAAACUAGAUGUGAAGAUCCUGAGUUUAUAGAGAAUGGAAAGGCUCUCUAUGAAAACAGCACAGUGGGCAGCCGAGCUGCAUAUUACUGCAACAGAGGGUACAGCUUGGAAGGAGAACCUCUUGCAGAAUGCACAGAGACUGGAUUUUGGAGCCACCCCAUACCUCUCUGCAAACCAAACCCAUGCCCUGUGCCUUUUAUAAUUCCGGAAAAUGCUGUCCUAUCAGAAACAAAUUUUUAUGUGGGGCAGAAAGUCUCUAUCAAGUGCAGAGAGGGCUUUCGACUUAGAGGGCAGUCUGUCAUUACAUGUAAUCCUGAUGAGACAUGGACCCCAACUACAGCUAAAUGCGAAAAAAUAUCUUGUGGGCCACCUGCUCACGUAGAAAACGCUUUGGUCCGUGGCACAUAUUUCCAAUAUGGAGAUGUAGUGACCUAUUCCUGCUAUAGUGGGUACAUGCUGGAGGGCUCCCUUCGAAGCGUUUGUUUAGAGAAUAGAACCUGGACGCUGCCACCAGCUUGCAAAGCUAUAUGUCGGUUCCCCUGUCAGAAUGGCGGCAUCUGUGAGCGGCCAAAUGUAUGCUCCUGCCCAGAUGGAUGGAUGGGCCGUCUCUGUGAAGAGCCAAUUUGCAUCCUGCAUUGUCUGAAUGGAGGUCAUUGUGUGGCUCCGUAUCAAUGCAAUUGCACAGCUGGCUGGACUGGAUCACGCUGCCACCAGGCUGUCUGCCAGUCUCCAUGCUUAAAUGGUGGGAAAUGUGUACGACCCAAUCGGUGCCACUGCACUUCACCAUGGACUGGACAUGACUGCUCUAGGAAAAGAAAAACUGGAUUCUACCACUUCUAACGUCAGAGCAACUGCUGUGAA